CGGUAGCGGCGGGGGCGACUGGCUUGACAGUUGGCGAUCACGACCAGCGUCCCCAUUCAAUGGGUGAAAUUGAAAGAAAAUCGGAGAUUGGAACAUGGGGAAAACAACGAAAGUGGUUGUGUGCGGAAUGAAAGGAGUCGGGAAGACCGCGUUGCUGGAACAACUCAUUUACGGGAAUGUCAAUGUCAAGACAGAAAUUCAUCCCACGAUCGAAGACAUUUAUGUGACGAACAUAGAGACGGAUCGAGGCACGAAGGAGAAAGUGCGAUUUUACGACACUGCCGGGCUGGAAUCCCUUCAGAGUAACGCGAAUAAUCAGCAACUACCACGGCAUUAUCUCGGUUUCGCCGAUGGAUACGUAUUAGUUUACGAUACGGGCAAACCUGAAUCCUUAGACGUGCUCUUCCCGUUGAAGAAGGACAUUGACAGGAACAAAGAUAAGAAAGAAAUAAGUAUAAUCGUAGUCGGGAAUCGUGCGAGGACCGAGGAGGAAUCUCACAGUUUAGAGAACACGGCGAACAAGGCUGCGAAUUGGUGUACUAGAGAGAAAUUGAAACAUUACGAAGUGAACGUAAUGGAUAGGUCAAGUUUGUUCGAAGCAUUCGUCUAUCUGUCCUCUAGACUGAAUCCUCCGACGAAUAAAAGCACGUUCCCGCAGUUGAGCAUGGGUAGAAAAAACGUGAAAGUCGACGGGUCUUAAUUAUACAUAUUUAUUUAUAAUUUAUUCUUUUAUCAACCAGUCUCACCGUUGCACCGGGCAACCAUCGACACCGGUAUGCUCAAAUUAUCUUCAUAAAAAAAAUAAUUACACAUUUAAAGGUAUACGUACUUAAGAUUAUAGCAUCGAUCUGUACAGGUGUUUUAGUUUGUUCUUAUUAUUACUUUUUGUAGUGUAUUUGUACAUUUUGUUCCUCAUUUGUACUUAAAAUAGAUUUUACCAUCGAACGAUCGAUCGUAAAAUAUAGUUGACGUCAUUUGUACUAUUUGCUCGUUGAAAAGAAUUGUUAUAUAAAGCGUACGUAAGUUUA